UUAUAUGGGUUCUUGUUGUUAAGGCAGUCAAGCAGCUCAAAAUUAGUAUGUAUUCCCAGAUGGAGGUGUGUAUACUGGAGAGCUAAAAGAUGGAAUACCAGUAUGAGUGAUCAUCAUUUUUAGCAUGGUGUUGGGGCAAUAUCUUUUGAUAAUGGAUCAUCUUUUGAAGGACACUUUGAGAAUGGGGUUAAAUGUGGUAAAGGUGUUUAUAGAUGGAGUGAUAAUUCUUAUUAUGAUGGAGAAUUUUAGAAUGAUGCAUUUAAUGGUUAUGGCGAAUUUUAUUGGAGCAAUGGUAAAUGGUAUAAAGGUCAAUGGGUAGAAGGUAAUAUGAAAGGGGAAGGAUAAUUCUUUUCUGAUGGUAAAACUUAUAAAGGUGAGAAAUAUUAUGUAAAAUUUAAGGUGAAUUUGAAAAUGACAAGAGAAAUGGUAAGGGAGAGUAAAUUUGGCCAAAUCGAUAAAAAUAUAUUGGAGAAUGGAAAAAUGGUAAAAUGCAUGGAAAAGGACAACUCAUUGAACCCAACGGAAGAGUUAUUGAAGGAGAAUGGGUCAAAGGAAAAAAGAAAUGAU